AUGGAUUCUCCUGAGAAAGAUUUGGAUAUAAAAAAUAAUAAAGGAUUUAAUCCAGAUUUUGCUCAUCAUUUUUUUAUUGAAAAUGAACAAAUUCCCAUAUUAGAAAAUCAUGAAACUUAUAUUCAUAUAUUUUAUUCAUGUAAUUGGUUUGAUAUUUAUGUGGAUAUCCAAGUAAUUCCAAUAAAAAAUAAGAAAUAUGAAAUAACAAACAAUUUUGAUGGUAAUAUUAAAAAAUAUCGUGAAAAACUUCUAAAUAUACUUAAAAAUGUACCUUUUGAAGGUGAUUUUUGUUCAUAUGAGGAAUUUAUUUAUAGGCUUAAAAAUAUCCCAUUCGAUACCCCUCCUGGAGACAUAUCUAUAAAUUUUACAUGCAGAGACGGAAUUAUUGAAGUUAUGAGAAUAGACCUUGCUAAUAUGAAUAAAUUAAAUUGGCCUAUAUAUAAUAAUAAUAUUAAACAUCCAAUUGUAAAAAACUUUAGUAUUCUCCAUAGAAGAAUGGAAUGGUUUUUACAUUGGUAUAUAGAAUCCGCCUCUUCUAUUGAUCAAGAAGAUCGUUGGAUUGUAUGGUUACCUUAUUUUAAACAUAAUUCUUCAUAUUUAGCUACUGGAUUAAUGACUACAUAUAGUUUUUUUGCAAUUCCUAAAAUACGUUUAAGGAUUUCACAAUUUCUAAUUUUACCCCAAUUUCAAGGACAAGGUAUUGGACUACAAAUUUUAAAACAUAUUUAUAAUAUUGCAUUACAAGAUGAUAAUAUUAUGGAGAUUACAAUAGAAGAUCCUGCACCUUCGAUGAUACAACUUAGAGAUAUUUUAAAUAUUCAAUUAAUUCUUGAUAAUAAAUUAAUAAGUAAUAAAUUUCUUCAACCACUUGAUACACAAAAACUUUUAGAAAUACUUGAGACAACUGAAAAGACAAAUGAAUGCUUAAAAAAAAUUACUUUAAGUUGUUUUAUUAAUAAUAUCACUUGGAAUGAACUUAAAGUAAAGAUUCAUUCUUGUACUAAAGAAUCUCCAAGGCAAAUAGAAAGAAUUCUUCUUUUUUUAGCAUUUGCUAGAUUUAUGAAAGACCCAUUACCCCCUUUAAAUAUAAAUUCUACAAUCGCUUCAACUCGUGGAUUAAGAAUUAAAAAAUAUAUUACUCAAAAAGAAAAUAUUAAUAUUAAUGAAAUGGAUACUGAUGAAGUAAAUACUCAAAUACAACAAAAAAUUAAUAGACUCUUCAGAAUAGCAGUAAAACAUAAACUACUUGCAGAUAAUGCUGAAUAUUUACUUAAUUUGUCACAAGCUGAAAUGUUACAGAAUUUGGAUAAUUUAUGGAAUAAAUUGUACAGUAGCUUUUAUAUAUCUAUCAAGAAAAUAAGAUCUUUAAGUUAA